UCCCCAAAUAAAAAACUUCUAAAAGCUACUUAUAACAACAUGAAUAAUUUAAACAUAGAGACCAGAAAUUACACUCGACACGACUUGACGAAAACAGGAAUGUUGUUGGAGGAAAAUCGAAGAACGAAUGCUUUUCCAGUCUCAAUCGACGAGGAUUUAAAUACUAGAGUUUUUGGUAACAAUGUAAACAUUAGACAACCAAUUCCGAACAUUGAGAAUAGAGGAACAAAUUCUGCACUAGAAGACAAUGUUAACAUUACUAGACCUCCGACAGCACCUCACUUUGAGGUUAGACCAGACAAUUCUGCGGUAAUGUUUGAAAAUAAUUUGUAUACUAGAGCCCUUAAAGACAACGCGGACAUAGUCAGACCUCCGACAGCUCUGGGAAGCUCUAAUUAUUAUUACAUGGAUCUCUUACAAAGAGAAGCUGAAUUCUACAGACGUACUUUGAAUGAGUUAAAGGAAAAGGAUGCUGAAUACUACACAGGAAUGUCGUUACAGGAAGAUCGAAGGACGAAUGCUGUUAAUUUAAAAAAUUCUACUGUACCCGAAGAGAAUGGAUAUUCCAGGCAAAUACCGACGGAGAAUGUAUAUCCUAGAGCUUUUGAAGGCAACGUUGACACUACCAGACCAGCGCAAGCUCUGGAAAGCUCUAACUAUUAUUACAACAUGAAAAAUUUACAAAGAGAAGCUGAAUCCUUCAGACGUGCUUGGAAUGAGUUAAAGGAAAAGGAUGUUGAAUACUACAAAAGAAUGUCGUUACAGGAAGAUCGAAGGACGAAUGCUGCUAAUUUAAAAAAUUCUGCAGUAUCCGGAGAGAAUGCGUAUCACAGACAAAUAACCACGGAGAAUGUGUAUGCGCAAGUUCUGGAAAGCUCUAAUUAUUAUUACAACAUGAAAAUUUCUCAAAUGGAGGCUGAAUACUACAAACGCACCGUGAUGGAUUUGGAGGAAAAGGGGUAUCGAAGGAAGAAUGCCGUUAUUGAUUGCGGACGUCCAAACUCAAUUCAUCCAGGUUUUGCAAAUAUUCCUGCAGCGUAUUUGCAUCCUAAUACUUAUAAAAAUAAUUUGGACCUUAUGGGAUCUCCGACAGCUCCAAUAACGAAUCUUUACAACAUAGAUAAUUUACAAGGAGAAACUGCAUACGCUACCGCCUUCAUGGAAUUUGGGAUGGGGUUAAUGGAAGAGGAACAUCGAAGAAUAAAUUAUGGACUCCCAUACUCACCUGAUUCGGAGCUUUUUUCCCGCACUGAAAAGUUAGACAGAGAUAUUAUUGAUGUUUGUGAUUUGUCGGUUUCAACCACUGAAGCUGCAAACAUCGAAGAGGUAGAACCGGACCGAGACUCACCUGAUCCACCAUCAGAACUUACUUCGACUUCGCAAGCAUCACGACAAAGUAUGAACGCUGUUAUCGUGUGCGGACCUCCAGACUCACCUGAUCCACCAUCACAACUUACUUCGACUCCGCAAGCAUCACGACAAAGGAUGAACGCUGUUAUCGUGUGCGGACCUCCAGACUCACCUGAUCCACCAUCACAACUUACUUCGACUCCGCAAGCAUCACGACAAAGGAUGAACGCUGUUAUCGUGUGCGGACCUCCAGACUCACCUGAUCCACCAUCACAACUUACUUCGACUUCGCAAGCAUCACGACAAAGGAUGAACGCUGUUAUCGUGUGCGGACCUCCAGACUCACCUGAUCCACCAUCACAACUUACUUCGACUCCGCAAGCAUCACGACAAAGGAUGAACGCUGUUAUCGUGUGCGGACCUCCAGACUCACCUGAUCCACCAUCAGAACUUACUCACUCACCAGCUGUACCAGGAGGUCAGCCAAUGACAAACUCAGAGAGCAUUUGGGGACAUAAGGACAUUGAGCUCAGACGAGAAACAUCCAGGGAGGAUUUGUAUCCUAAAAGUUAUGAUGGACCUCCGCCAACUUCGGACACUAAAGAGGCAGGCAGCGAGUUUAUUGAAAAUAAUGGAUUAUCGACAAGCUCAACGGAAUCCGAGCUUCUUGGCUAUGAAAGUAUGAUGACAGAUGAGGCUUCAUCUCCGAACAUUGAAGAUGAAGAAAGCCUUUUGGGUUAUGAAACUAUAAUGGCAGAUGAGCCAACAGCUCAGAACACUGAAAAUAAAGAAAGCGUUUCUGAAUUGUCGACAAGUUCAACGAAACGAACAGAAACGUCAUAUCACUACAGCGAGAGCAGUUGCUCAUUUCACGAAUCUUCAGACUCCUCGGAUGACGAUAGUGAAACUAGUUAUGAGGUUAGGUCCCCAUUUUCCCCAGAUCAACAAUUUACUUCGACUCCGAAAGCACCACGACAACGCAUUAUUAUGUUGGAACCAUAUGUUCCCACGCCCACUACAUCACAUAAGCGGAUCCGAAGGAGGCACUUGAAUUUCAGUGAUCCAAAUCUGGCCGAUAUUUCCGAUGAUGAGGACGAAAUCGACGAACCGGCAGCGAAAAGACCAGCAAGGAAUAAUGGCUACUGCACAGACUAA